AGGCUGUAGCUCUACAUCACUAAAUGAUGUAAAUGACAAGUUUUUCUCAAAUGAAACAAGAGCUGUUCGUUUCUGAUGUGUGUAAUGUAGAGAACUGUUCAUGGUCUUGUGAAAAGUUUGCUUUACAAUAGCAAAGUGAGUUUAAAGCAUGCGAUGUGCUUGUAGUUUUGCAGACGUGGUCUAAAUAGUAGGUGUAUUAGCUGUAGGAAUGCGCCUUAAGCACCACUUAAUAAUAAUAAUAAUAAUAAUAAUAAACAUAUUAUAGCAUUAUAAACUUAAUAUGAAAAGGAUUUUUUUUUCAGAGUCACCAAAAACCUACUCUGUGGAAAUUUGUGGAUUGAAUUCCUUCUCACAAAACACAGCGAUCACAAAAGGAGCAACUGGGCGCAAAUAAUGGCACUGUGCGCAUGCAGCCAGCGAGUCCGCGCAUGCGCAGUGCGCUCUCACUGCGGAGAGGGGGUCAGUGACAGACGCAGCGCUGCUGAGCGACCGGACAAACAUGAGCUCCGCCGAAUCUCGCACAGAAUGACGCUCUCCUCCUGAAUCCCGUCAGCGCACAGAUGGACGACGAGCGCAAGCAGCACAAGUUCAUCUCGUUCCUCUUCUAUCAGGCGGUGCGAGACCUGAAGCCCGUGUGGAUGCUCGAGGACAUGCGCACCAUGGAGACGUUUUACUGGGAGGAGGACGCCAAGCAGAGGACGUACAGCCCGUCCGAGGCGCUGCUCUACGCGAUCGUGCACGACCACCGGGCGUACGCGCAGUUCCUGCUCAGCCAGUAUGCGCACGAGGCGCUGGCGAUGCCCGGGGAACGCUUCUGCUGCUGCCCGUCCUCCGCGCCGCACCUGGCCAUGGCCGUGCGCUACGACCGGAGGGACAUCCUGGGACACAUUCUGCAGGUGGCGCAUCGGCAGCCGGGCCUGCGCUCCUACAUGAACCGCGGAGGAUGCUUCCACCUGGAGGACGGCAAGACCCCGCUGCACUUGGCCUGCGAGCUGCUGCGCGCGGACGCCGUCAUCCUGCUGCUAGGCAACGGCGCGUCCCCGCAGGCCGUGGACCACAACGACAUGACGCCGCUCGACGUCAUUCUCCAGCAGCUGUGGGACUCCAAGGUGAACGUGGGGGCCAAGAAGACCUGCUUGGAGAACCUGCUGAUGUUCAUGCCGGAGAUGCGCUUCAAGAUGAAGAGCUCCCUGCGCAAGGAGCCCGAGCGCUGGUCCCAGGUGCUGGGGGAGGACAAGCUGAACUACCUCAUCGGGAGAGACCCCGCGCCGCUCUUCCUCAUCUCCAUGCAGAGGAUCCUCGCGCAGCUGCCCCCCGAGCAGUUCCCCAAGAGCCUGGACCAGCUGCCCAUCCCCGCCUCCCUCAAACCCCUGCCCAGACCCCCCCGACAGAGCAGCCACCUCAGAGUGACCUAGUGUGUGUGUGUGUGUGUGUGUGUGUGUGUGAGAGAGAGAGAGAGAGAGAGAGAGAGUGUGUGUGUGUGUGUGUGUGUGUGUGAGAGAGAGAGAGAGUGUG